AGAGGAGAGGAGAGAGGAGUGAGAAGGACGAUUCCGCUCUCUGACUGCAGUGUAUGCUCAGCAUCUCCAUCUCUCUGGCUCACUCACACCCACACACAUAUACACGCGCACACACUCUCUUCCACCUUAAUAAAGUGUGUGUGGUGUGUUAUUGGGCUCCUGCGUGGAGGUGACCAUGAUUACAGUCCAUCCUCAGCAUCGGGACCGACAGGAUCCCCACGGAAACCAGUGACAUCAUCCGCACCAGCAUCAUCGUAUCGGAACCACUGACUCGGGGAGGCGGACUCCGGUGACUCCACCAGAACCAGCACCAUCGCCAGGGUGACCAGCACCAUCGCCAGGGUGACAAGCGAGAUCUGUAGGACCAGCAUUCCCCAGGGCUACGGUGCUCACAGGACUAUACUGCUCAGAGACAGGUGAACAGCACAGGCACGCUGGGCUCGAUGGAGCACUCAGGAGUGGCUGAGGCCAUGAGGCUGGAGCAGAGCACCGACAAACAGGUCUUCUCCUUCAAGAAGUGCUCGGCCUUCCAGUUCGUCAAGAGAAAGGUGCGCCGAUGGAUCAGGAACUCCAAGGUGACGGCUGAGAAGAACCCGAGCCUGGGCUUCCUCUACCCCUGCCCCAAGUGCCAGAUGGGGCAGGAACUGUGGUACACCCACUUCCCCUCCCCCUACGGCUGCUGCCAUUACCCCCCUGGGGGAUUCUACCUGCCUGAGGAGCCCCUCACGCCCCCCUGUCCCAGGGAGAAGAGCAAGGGCUGCAAGGUGAGGAAGUGGAAGAUGCUGAGCCGUCACCAUGGCGAUGGAAAGCCGAAGUCAGUGGGGACAUGUCGGGAGGCGGACCUUGAGUGGCCCCUGCACUCGCCCAUGCUGCUGGGAAACCCUGUGCUUCAAGAGUGCUGCGUGUGCAGCGGGCCCUUCAUCACCUACAGCCACGAGGAGGCAUGGCAACCACGCCAGCGUGCACAGGCGAUGGACUUGUAUUACCAUGGCGACCCUGACCCAGAGACCUACUGCUGUCCCAAUGACUCAACUUUCAUGAAACAGAGAAGAAUGGGGUUGAACGAUUUCAUUCAGAAGCUUGCCACAAACUCCUAUGCAUGCAAGCAUCCAGAAGUGCAGUCCAUACUAAACCUGACCCCCCCUCAAGAUCCAGAACUUAUGAACACCAACCCCUCCCCUCCACCUAGUCCCUCACAGCAGAUUAACCUGGGCCCCUCGUCAAACCCCACAGCCCAUCCCUCAGACUUCAACUUCCUCAAGGUCAUCGGCAAAGGCAGCUUUGGCAAGGUCCUGCUGGCGCGUCACCGUAGCGACGACAAGUUCUACGCUGUCAAAGUCCUGCAGAAGAAGGCCAUCCUUAAGAAGAAAGAGGAGAAGCACAUCAUGUCUGAACGGAAUGUCCUCCUAAAGAAUGUGAAACACCCGUUCUUGGUCGGGCUGCACUACUCCUUCCAGACCACAGACAAACUCUACUUCGUCCUGGACUACAUCAACGGAGGAGAGCUGUUCUACCACCUGCAGAGGGAGCGGUGCUUCCUGGAGCCUCGCGCGCGUUUCUACACGGCGGAGAUCGCCAGUGCUCUGGGCUACCUGCACUCGCUCAAUAUCGUGUACCGCGACCUCAAGCCCGAGAACAUCCUGCUUGACUCGCAAGGCCACAUCAUCCUCACCGACUUCGGCCUGUGCAAGGAGAACAUAGAAACCAACGGAACCACGUCCACGUUUUGCGGCACGCCAGAGUAUUUGGCACCAGAGGUGUUACACAAGCAGCCGUAUGACCGCACGGUGGACUGGUGGUGUCUGGGAGCUGUGCUGUACGAGAUGCUUUACGGCCUGCCUCCUUUCUACAGUCGCAACACGGCGGAGAUGUACGAUAACAUCCUGCACAAGCCCCUGCAGCUUAAGCCCAACAUAUCCAACGCAGCACGCCACAUACUGGAGGGUCUCCUGCAGAAGGACCGCACCAAGAGAAUCGGCUGCACAGAUGACUUUACGGAAAUCAAGAACCACAUGUUUUUCUCCCCUAUCAACUGGGAUGACCUGAAUGCCAAGAAGAUCACCCCUCCCUUUAACCCCAACGUGACGGGUCCUAGCGACCUUCGGCACUUUGACCCAGAGUUUACCGACGAGCCCGUGCCCAGCUCCAUUGGCUGCUCCCCCGACAGCUCCCUGGUGACGGCCAGCAUCAAAGAGGCUGCCGAGGCCUUCCUGGGCUUCUCCUACGCGCCCUCCAUGGACUCAUAUCUGUAGCACGGAAACACACACACACACACACACACACACACACAAACACAUGUGGACCUGUACCCCCACAUCACCAACGGACUCCCCUUGCUUGUAGCGCUUCCCUCCAUCGUUGUCUAUGUGGAGGACAUAUCUGUCCUUCUAGUCAUUGCCAUGGAAAAGAUCGCAUCAGCUUGGAUAAUGGACUACUAACUAUUGGAAACACAACCUCAACCCCCCCCCCUCCAUCCCUGGAAUGAAGAUAUUUGCACAUGGCUUUAGGCAGCUCAACUAGCUCUCUUAGCCAAUGGGGGCCUUUAAAUAUGGCAACUGAGAAGACUCUCUUCCUCAUCAUCAUCAUCAUCAUCAUCGUCGUCGUCAUAGUUACCCCUCUUUCUAGGAUUCCAUGACGCCGUUGUAGAAUGUCACUAUAUCCAAUGGAGGGAUAGACAGACGGAGAUGCGAACAUAAUGGAGAAGAGAGGAACAAUGCUUAUGUGUUUGUUCUUUUCGUUUUUACUGUUUCUGUUGUUCAGCGUGUUUGUUUGUUUGUUGUGCAGACGAGAGGAGGGCGGCCGGAGUGUUAGUGUUACACAGGGUGUGUGUCUGUGUGUCUGAACGGUGCCUUCUCCGGCCACCUGUCACCCUCCUGCCCAGGCUGAAAUCACACAAACUCUGUAUUUAUGUUUCCUUGUUGACAUUGUUGUUGUUGUUGUUGUUGUCAUAGUUGUCAUUGUUUUAUUUUAAAUGAUCACAUGACCUGGUAUUUAGGUCUGGUGAUCGUCCGUCAUAUUGGAGGGCAUUCUGUAGUUUGUUGGUCUGUUGUCUUGUCACCCAGUGAUAGCUGACAUGGCUGUCUGUUGCCGUGGCUAUGUGUACUGUGUGGUCAGCAGUUGUCGCUUGGUGAGAUCCAUGAGAAACGCACAUAUUUGUUUUGUUUGUUUUCGGUUAUUUUUUGGUUGGGAAGUUCAGCCUUCAUUUAAAUGACUGUAAGCAGGCGGGUGAGAGGUGAUGCUGCCUCGCUUGUGUACAUAGGGACUCGCUGGACAAAAGGAUGUCAGAACGAGAAGCCGACCGAUCAGACCAGUCACCUUAGUCUUCCAGCCACCUCUAUGAUGUAAUAAUAGGGUUCAGACGUGCAUUCCCACAUUCUGGACCAUACAUUCCAUUUAAUAUACACAUGUUCCACUAUUUAAGUUUGUUUGUAUAUUUCCAGUCCGUGUACUAGUUUUAUUGUAUAUGGAACAGAUAUAUAUAUAUAUAAAUAUAUAGUUAUAAAACUGACAAAAGGUAUGCUUGUAUGUAACGAUUACUGUCAAAUGUACUGUAAAGUUGUAAAAUGUUUGAUCUAUGUGACCUUGUAUGGUUUGCAAUAAAAGUUGAAUGUUAUUUUCCCCAAA